ACCUUUCCCUCUCACCACCCUCCCCCCCCCACACCACCAUGCUCUUUCCGGCUCGCCUCCUCCCUCUUCUUGGGAGUAUUCUCCCUGUCGUCUACGGGCUGCCUACCACCAGCCCGUCCGUGGUCCUUCCCCCAAGCCAGGAUCCCUUCUAUAGCGCCCCCAAUGGCUUCGAGAGCACACUGCCGGGAACCAUUCUGCGCCUGCGCCCAGCCCCGGGUAACUUGACCGCACUGGUCAACGCGUCCGCAGCAUACAAUGUCGUCUACCGCACGACCAACAGCCAAUACCACCCCACCUGGGCCGUGACAACCGUCUUCAUCCCCAACUCCCCAAGCACCGGCAGCGACAACCUGACCUCACUGCUCUCCUACCAAAUCGCGUACGACUCCAACGACCUCGACGCCAGCCCCAGCUACGCCAUGUACAGCUCGCCACCGGUGGACAUCUCCCUCGCGCUCAGCCAAGGCUGGUUCGUCAACGUGCCCGACUACGAAGGCCCGCUGGCAUCGUUCACGGCAGGCGUGCAGUCGGGCCACGCGACCCUGGACUCGAUCCGCAGCAUCCUGUACUCGUCGAGCAACCCGCGCGUCACCGUCUUCAACGCCGUGAAACCCGCGACCACACGCACCGCGCUCUGGGGCUACAGCGGCGGGGCGCUAGCCAGCGAAUGGGCCGCGGAGCUACAGGGACAAUACGCACCGGAGCUGACACUCGCCGGCGCCGCACUCGGCGGACUCACACCCAACGUGACCAGCGUGUUGGACACAGUCAGCGGGACGCUAUCGGCGGGGCUGGUGCCCGAGGCUGUCCUGGGCCUGGCGAGCCAGUACCCGGAGACGUACGAGUUCCUGGUGUCGCAGCUGCACGCGACGGGGCCGUACAACCGGACGACGUUCCUGGCGGCGCGCGACCUGACGCUGGCGCAGGCCCAGCUUGUCUUCGCCGGCCAGGACAUCUUCAACUACUUCGUCAAUGGCAGCGCCGCCUUUGCUGAUCCCAUCGUCCAGCGCGCCCUCAACCGCGACGGCUAUAUGGGUUACCACGGCGUGCCGCAGCUACCCAUCUACGCUUACAAGGCCAUCCACGACGAGGUCAGCCCCAUCCGCGACACUGAUGCUCUUCUUACCCGCUACUGUGGUGUCGGCGCCAAUAUCUUGUACGAGCGCAACACCGUCGGCGGGCAUUCGGCCGAGGCGAUUAACGGCCAUCCCGCUGCGUCGACCUUUAUUGCGGCUGUGUUGCAAGGCCGCUACGCCAGUCUGUACAAGACUGAGGGGUGCACGUUCCGGAAUGUCACGGUCAAUAUCACCAGCUCGGUGUUUUAGAAGGUUAGAGAAGGGCAGGCGAGGGGGUGUAUAGUAGUCAGCGGAGUUAUAUAUACUAAUGAUGGUGAUUGUGAGCGGUGGUUGUACUUAUAAGGUGAUGGAUACUAUGGUCUAUAAUGAUGAAGUGUAUUUGGCAUAUCUGCAAAGACGCUCAGCAAUCUUUCAGAUUGAGUUAAUCACGGCUUCGGUGUUGUGCCGGUGGUCUAAACGCCGAUCAUGCUUGAAACGCAACGCAAUGCG